AUGUCCCACGCCAGAAAACCCCAGUUGGAGACUGCGGAAAAAGUUGAAGAGAAUUUUGUUAAAUAUCAAAACUAUGGAGAAAAUGCGCGUCAAGAAUAUGAAAAACUAUAUACGGAAAUGUGGAAUGGCCUUAAGGAUGAACACCUUGAACCCAUUGCCAAGAUACUAAUGGAAAGGGAUAAAAUCGUUUUGAAACAUCGUGAACAAAUUGUACAAAGUGUUCGAAAUAAUUUGCAAAAACAAAUGAUUAAUACUUUGAAUAAUUUUUGGCAAAAUGCUGGUGUAUCGGAGGCGUUGAUUUCCCUGGAAAUGUGUAAAGAGAAAUUUAAAUCGUACGAGGGUUGUAAAUGGAAUAUGGAUUCCAAAACCCCCUCGGAACGUACCCUACCCAUUCGUAUGCAAUUCAAGGAGAAACGUUUACGUUAUCUGCAGGCCCAGUUGAAAUAUCAAGAAACUCAAUUGCAGCAGGUGAUGCAAGAAAAUAAGUCGCUGCGUCAACAACUGCACGAGGUGAAACAACAGCGCGUAUAUUUGCUGGAACUUAUCGGGGAAUAUCGCAAAAAAUUUGCCGUGACUCAACCGGAAAUAUUGCGUUUACAAAUGGAAUUGUUGGGUGAGCCGUUGCCGCUGGAUGAUGGUGAUGGCAAUGAAGAGAAUAUUGAACCGAAUAGAAUGAAUGAAUAA